AUGAUCAACCACUCGUCGCUGCAGGAGUUUAACUGCCCGAAACCGGAACCGAUCCCGAGCGCAACGCUGAAUGGCAAACUGUACUAUCGGGGUGGCAAGCCGCCGGUCGGCAAGCUGCAGCCGGGCAAGGUCGACCUCAUGCUCUUCGCCCCGCUGCGCGGUUUGAACGAGAACGAGGAAGUCAAGUUCCUUUACGGCCCGCAUUCGAACGCAAUGCUCUUUGCCGAGUACGGAUUCACGGAAACCCACGACGACAGCGAGGACGGCGCCGGCGUGUUCUGGCCGAACGGCGACGUCGACGUGAACCCCUGGGUUGAGGCUAUGUGGGAGAGCCAGCUCGGCGGGACGGAGGAGGGCGAGCGCAAGCGUGCCUUCCUCGAGGACGAGGGGAUGUGGGGCCACAACCGCCUGGCUGCGAACGGUGGCGAGCCGGCUCCCAGCACCGGCCUGAUGCUCACGCUCCUUGUCAUGGUCACGCCCCCGGAGGAGUUCCCGACCAUUGUCGCGACCAGCCGCCACGGUGGCCUCAAGAGCCGUGCCUUCACGCGCCCCCUGAAGCAGGCAGCCUACCGUCAGCUCGCCGGCCUGUGCCAGGACGUGCUGCUCGAGGCACUCGAGAGUGGGAAGAAGGUCGACAAGCUCGCGAAGACGAUUCGCGCUGAUGACGAGGACAGGAAUAGCAAGGAGAUUGCUGUGCGCUCCGUCCGCGGCCUGAUCCGGGAGCAGGAGAGUAUCAGCAGGACGAUCCUCGACGUUGUCGAGAGCGGCGCGGGUAUCCCGGGCUUCUGA